CAACAAAGCUACUGUAAACAAAGCCGGAAAAUUCUGGAAAAACAAGCGAAUGACCAUGCAAACUUACCAGCUGAUCCGAUUUCCCAUUUUCUCACGCCAAAGUCUAUCUUCAGGUCGAAAGAUCCCACGUAUAACCACCCAGCGCCCCUUGCAGGCGCCUAUCACGGAACGGCACUCCACAGCGCCAACACCAUAAGCGCGGAGCUCCACAAUUAGCCAUGCGGCACAGCAGCGCAGCAGCGUGCUUUAAGAUGGCCCAGCAGCAGCUCGAGCAGAGCUUAGCUCUGGUGGCGCGGCGUUUUCCUUCACGAUGCGGUUGAUGGCAACGGCCCUGACCUUUUUUCUCUGCUUCAUCACCUCCUCGCUGGCCGAGGACGAUGAUCCCAUUUUUUUCUACACCAACAAGCCAAACACGUGCUCCUAUGACGGCACAACAAUCUCCGCAAACAACAUCACCAACACCGGCAGCCUAUGCGCCUACCUCCCCAGCCGACGCGUCGUCUUCAGCUGCGACGCGCCCGACUCGUGCGUCUCCGUGCUGCCACACAUACACACUCACCUAAACACGCGCACUAACGGCCGCUACGCAGCAUCUGCUGGACCUGGAACGUCCUCUGCACCGGGGCCCCCAUCGCCUCCACCGACGACAGCGACACGACGCCCAGCCCGUCGGACGCCCAGCUCGGCUGCUCCAGCACCGCCGACGGCGUCACCUACUCCUGGUGCUGCGACGCCCCGUCCCAGACGUGCACCAACGGCCGCCGCCAGAUCAACAUCUGCUGAAGCCGCUUCGCCAACCCGCAGCAGGGCCUUGACCCCGCCGCCGCCGUCGCCAAAGCAAAGGAGUCCCGCUCCGCCCUCAAUAGCGCCGCUGCGCAGUCGCUGGCUGCGUACAGCUCUGCUCAUGCCUCCUCUGGGGCUGCCUUGACGUCCACUGGCACCCCUGCCGCCACUGCAACGGGCGUCUUGACCAGCAUUUCGGAACCCGCUUCUGCGAGUGCUACGGACGGUGCUGCUGCUGC